AUGAAGAACAUUUGUUUUGAGAGCUACCGCCAGUCCAAGAGGGACAAAUUGUUGCAGGCCAAGCCAAAGCCGAAGCAGCUAGACCCCACCUGGUACACAGACAAUAUCUACUCGAAUCGCUCGGACGACCUGGAGGAAGACUAUGUGCCCGAUUGCCUCAAAUACGGCACAUAUCGGACACUGCGCAACAUAAACGAGCAGGACGAAAAGUAUGCCGACGAUGCCGGGUUCACCGUGCAACGGGAACGUCGAGGCGAGGGUGAAGGAUCACCCUGCUACGGACUGCAACGCUCCAAGAGCUGCAAGGAGUUUCAAUAUCCCAAAUCACAGAGCUGGUGUUUCGAAAGCAACGUGUUCGAGGCUGGCGGUGGCGCAUCAAGUGCCGCUGGCGCCCCUCCCCCCACCACUUCCAUACUGAAGAAUCGCGCUGGUGUGCCCAAGUCGUACUCCUUCAGUGCGACCACAAAGACAAUGCCAUUCGACGUUAUUGACUACGAGCUACCGCCGGCGGUGAACACGCGUCGCGAGAAACGCGAGGCCUACCGACGAAGCAUGAACAUGAUGUACAGCAAUAGCCUGGACGAGCGAACGCUGAUGCACAGCUGUUGCGCCCGCGACCAAUGCACCAGUGCCAAGUGCCUGCUCGACGACAUCUAUCCCAGCUAUCCAGAGCAGCGUGGCUGGCGACGCACCCCCGUGCCGUCGCAGCUGGGCAUGUAUGGUGCUGGCGCCAGCGGUGGCAGCAACAGGAACCUCCACCGCGCCACGGGCACGUCCCCGGACUGGCUGUAUGACGAGCACGCCGAUCACCGCACAGCAGUGGCAGCGGCAGUUGCACCCGCCGCCUACUCGCUGCACUCGAGCCGAGAGCGCGGGCAGCGCUUGGUGCGACCGCCGACGCCGCUGCAGCCCGCGGUGAUCUGCUGCUGUGCCGCUGACGACUAUUGCUGCCACCGCCAGCAGCAGCACCAUGUGGCCCGAGCCCGUACGCGCGUUCACUGCCCAGGCCAUCAUCCUGCCGCUGAGGAGGAGGAGCACAUGCAUUGCCACUACGACACCGACCUGGAUCACUUCAUACGCGAUGAACGCGAGCGGCUGUUGCUGCAAGACAAGUUCCUGGACGACGACGAACGAUACUUGUCUGCGGCCUCGAGCUUAAGUCCCAGACGCCACUACGCAGCAAAUUACUGCCGGCCAGCACGCAGCAAGUCGUUGCUGGACGUGCAGCCGCCACUUCCCUACGACGAGGACACAUGCUCCGACACAACCGAAAUUGAUCUGGAGGACUUCAACAUCGACCUGGAGAAGUACUGGGAGGAGCUAGAUAAGCCGCCAAGUCCGAUCAAUAUAGACAUGCAGCGCCGCAACAUGCACAGCAACCUAAAGGUGAAAAACGUAAAUGUGCGUUGCUAUAACAAUGGCCAGCCCAUCGAUAUCCACGAUCGGGAACACGAGCGCCUGAUGAUCAAGAAGUCGCUGCUCGAGGGCAUGCCCUCGCCGCCACAACUGGACUCUAGUGGCUCGUCAAAUAAUGCGAGUAGCUUUCCUUUUUUUGAAAGUGCUGGCCCAUCCCUGCACCGCCCCUCCUACGGACCCGCAUAUGGCCACAAGGUGUAUCCAACAGCCGACACGCUGCCCUCAUAUCAGUACAACAACUUCUAUCCCGAGCACACCGUGGGAAAUGUGCUCACCCAACAGCCCACGGCCGGCAUUCAUCACACCUCUGCGGGCGGCCACUCCGCUCUGAGUCUGAUCAACAACAUAUUCUCGAUCUACAAGCCCAACAAAUACUCGCCCGAGAACUGUCAAAUGAACUAUGAGAGCAAGCCCGAGCCGUGCAAAAAGAUGAACAUGCCGAGCACACGAAGACCGUUGGGGGCCUCUCAUACCGAUUACAUGCACUCGAUGAAACGUCCCCUGAUCGUCAACGCUGAACAGCCGCAUUUCAAGAUAAUCCCCGAGAAGACUGGCCUGAAGAUAUCGCCGCUGCUGGCCUACGAUGAGUACGGUGGCGAGAAGGCGCAGGCGCAUCAUAGACUGAGCAGCACAGCACGACCGCUCAUGCUUCCGCACUGAUGGUGCUGGACCUUUCCAUGGUAUGGUAACUACUGUUAGUAAUGCUCCCAGCGACUGCCGAACUCCAACCAAAAGACUCGCAUAUAGUAACAAACCCAAACGCACAAGCAACCAACUGAGCUCGCCACCCACAUCGGUCAGGAUCGACAUUCAGCCUCAGCGGACAUCAGCGCCCGAGACCGGCGCCUAUAUUCAGGUCACCUUCCCAAUCAAACACCCAGCUAGUGUGGUCGUCGUCAUCCGCACAAAAGCUUAGGACCAUUCACAUCGAUCCCUUAACACAAUCGCAAAUCGUUUUCGGUUCUGUUUCAGUCAAGAUGAAGUGAAUGAUAUUGAUAUCUGAUAUCUGAUGUCUGAGACAUCGGAUAGAGGGAAACUGAUUGAGGUAAAUGUUGACUUUAGAGAUACUAACAAGAAGAAGAGCGCCAUACCAUUGGAAAUGUACGUGUACUCGUAAAAUGCCAAAGAAUAAACUGAAACUGCAAA